AUGGCACCUAGCAAGAAAUGGAUGAGUUUUUUCAAUGAUAGAUUGAACGAACACUAUAAAGAUGGCGUUCAAAAGUUUUUGAAUUAUGCAUUUCUCAAGACGGCUGAAGAGCAUAAAAUACGGUGUCCGUGUGUUAAGUGUAAGAAUAGUGGUUAUAGAUCUCGUGAAGUGGUUGAAAUGCAUCUAUAUGUGUAUGGAAUUUCGCCAAAUUAUACAUUUUGGUAUCAUCAUGGUGAAAGGCGUGGUGAACCACAAUCUGAUAAUGAAGAAGAAGAACACGAAAGUGAAAAUGAUGAGGAGAUUCAAGAAUUAUUAGAAGAUAUAUAUCUUGAGUAUUAUAGUUUUGAUAAGAGUGGAUCUAAUAUUGGUACUUCAAAUCACAUUGAGCAUGGAGAGGAACCAAAUGAGGAAGCAAAUGCAUUUUACAAGAUGUUAAAGGAAUUUGAGCAACCAGCUUACCCAGGAUGUAAUACCUCUAAGUUAUCGAUCAUUGUCAAAUUGCUAUAUAUCAAGAGCAUUGGUCGAUGGAGUAAUGAAUCAUUUGACAUGUUGCUACAAAUGUUAAAAGACAUACUUCCAUCAGGAUCAUCUUUGCCAGAAACAUAUUAUGAUGCAAAAAAUAUCAUUAGAGAUCUUGGCCUUUCUUAUGAAAAAAUAGAUGCAUGUGUUAAUAAUUGUAUGUUGUAUUGGAAAGAUGAUGAUGACUGUAGUUCAUGCAAAAUUUGUGGUGCUUCAAGAUGGAAAGAAGAUAUUAAUAGUGGAGAAAUUAAAAUUAAAAGUAAUGGCAAAAAAGUAUCAUUGAAGACAAUGCGAUACUUUCCGUUAAAGCCAAGGCUUCAGAGAUUAUUCAUGUCUAGGAAUAUAGCUUCUUUUAUGAGAUGGCAUCAUGACUCAAGAGUGGAUGAUGGAGUGAUGAGACAUCCGGCUGAUUCUAUGGCAUGGAAAUACUUUGAUGAAAUUCAUAAAGAUUUUUCUUUAGAGCCUCGUAAUGUAAGACUUAGUCUUGCAAGUGAUGGUUUCCAACCAUUUAAUCAAUCCAAAACAUCAUACAGCAUUUGGCCAGUAAUACUCAUUCCAUACAAUUUGCCUCCGUGCAUGAAGGAUUCCAAUUUUAUUCUAUCAAUGCUCAUACCCGGUCCUGAGGGUCCUGGUGAUGCAAUUGACAUCUAUCUCAAACCUUUAAUAGAAGAGUUAAAGGAGUUGUGGGAAGUAGGUGUUGACACAUUUGAUGCUUCAACUCGUCAGAACUUCAAAUUGCAUGCAUCAUUAUUGUGGACUAUUAAUGAUUUUCCAGCUUACGAGAAUCUAUCUGGUUGGAGUACUAAAGGUAAAAUGGCAUGUCCUUGCUGUAAUAAAGAAACAUGUUCUAUGCGAUUGGCCAAUUGCAGCAAGCAAUGCUAUAUGGGUCAUCGUCGUUAUCUUCCUAGCAACCACAAAUGGAGGAAAGAUAAAAGUUCAUUUGACGGAACAAGAGAGUUGAGGCCACCACCAAAGUCACUUUCAGGAAGUGAUAUACUUGCUCAAGUUAGUGACCUUGAAGGAAUCACAUUGACUAAAGAUGAUGUGAUGCACAUUGAGAAGAAUAUAUGUGAUAAUGUUCUUGGGACAAUUAUGAACAUAAAGGGGAAAAGCAAGGAUCAUGUUCAAGCACGCCUAGAUUUAGAGGCCAUGAAAAUUAGACCAGAGUUGCAUCCAAUUCAUAAAGGGGAUAAACUUGAGUUGCCUAUAGCAUCAUACACAUUAUCUAAGAAUGAGAAACACUUUCUAUGUGCAAAGACAUUGAGGGUUGAUGAGCUAAGUCAAAUUGAAUCCCAGAUUGCUUUAACAUUGUGCAAGUUAGAGCAGGUAUUUCUCCCUUCAUUCUUUGAUGUGAUGGUGCACUUACCUGUGCAUUUAGCUAAUGAGGCCAAAAUUGGUGGACCAUUCCAAUAUAGAUGGAUGUACCCCAUUGAGCGAAUGUUAUAUGAGUUAAAGAAACUUAUUCGCAAUAUGGCUCGUCCUGAAGGCUCGAUAGCAGAAGGCUAUAUUGCAAAGGAGUGCAUGACUCUAUGCUCAAGAUACUUGAAAAACAUUAAAACAAAAUUCAAUAGACUUGAGAGAAAUAAUGAUGGUGGUUUCCAUACAAUUGAUGCUUAA